CAGAGUCUUGCAAUGUUAUUCAAAUUCCUGGCGUCUACCUCCUCGACAAGUGCCUGAAAGAACUCGGUGCAUCGUGCGAUCCAUCCGAGGACCUAAUUGAUGCUGUUACUCCACUGGUAAAAUGCUUGUACGAAGCCUUCAAACAAUUUAACACGCCUGCAGACGCUGUGGUAGGUUACACUGACGUUAUCUCCGAGCUUGUCAAUGCUACGAACACCAAGAAUUCAGAAGCGUUGGCCAUGGAUUUAAUCAACAGUGCUAAGCUAGUAAAAACCGAUACCAUAAAGCUGAGUCACUGUACUAAAGGAAACUUGAACCUCACAUUGCCAACUACCCUCCUCGGUCAGUGUAGCACUGACCUUGGGACGAGUUGCAAGAAGUCAGCAACAAGCUUUGUGUCCCCGCUUGUAUCGCUCGUAAAGUGCCUCGUGGGAAAUGCACUUCCUAGUGCUCCACAAGAGAAGGUCAUCGCCCUCGUCUGCGACCUUGCUAACAGCACUAAAACCAAAUCUUUCGAACGUCUUCCGCUGUGGCUCGGCGUAUACGAUAUCCAGAGAAAGUUGUGUAAAGCUUGCACAAAACAGCUGCUGCAACAGCAGCAGCAGCAGCAGCUAAGCCUAACUAACACAACAAUCUACGAACUUGUACCCUCCUGCUCCUCGGUAUCCCAGGACAGCGGUUUCAACAUUUCCACGAGGACGACGGGUCCAGAAAUCCAGUUGGAACCAACGCACACGCCCACCGCCGUUGCUGCCAUGGCUUCCGAGAAGCUGCGGCAAGCCGAUGAGGGAACAGCACAGAUAACGGCACAGAUGUGGAAUCUUCUGAACUACCUGACGCAGAUUCCAGCAUGA